CCUCGCCACAGAGCUCUCGGCUGAGGACGGCCCAUCUUACCAUGACAUCAGGUGGAAUCAUACUGCGGCGCAGCUAUCAGCUUGCCAUCUUCGUUCACCACAUCGUCCGAUAUGCCUGCCGUUGUUGAAACGGUAGACGAGCUUUCUGCUCUGCUCUCUAGAUCGAGGAUCCACUUUCCAGACAAUCUUCGCUCGUUUCUCGUCGCCCUCGUCGUCGUUCAUCAUGCAUCGAUGCCGUAUGGCAGCGUUGGAUCUUGGCCGUGCCCUUUGUAGUACCCCAUGGGCCACUCUGUCGUCAUCACCGUGUUCCAAGUCGUGAACCAGUCCUUCUUCAUGGGUCUGCUGUUCUUCCUGUCCGGUCACUUUUCGUCCCACGCUGCCGACCACAAGACAUGGAAACAGUUCGUCUUGGACAAGCUCAAACGUUUGGGAAUUCCAGCUGUGGUCUACAGGUUGUCCGUUCAGCCUCUUACCAUUUUCUUGGUGCGAUGGUCCCAACACCUGCCCGUUCUCUCCGCGCUUGUAGAGUAUUAUCGUCACCUGAAUGGUGUGAGAGGUGUAGUGUGGUACCUUGCUGUCCUGCUCGUCUUCGACCUGGUGUAUGUCACCGUCAGAAAGUAUCUUCCGUCCCUGUCCUAUCUGGUCCCACGAUCGCUAGGUGCAUUCAGAGCUGCGGCAUUCGUGAGCAUCUCCGCCGUCAUCGUGGCAUCGUUCCUGGUCCGCUUGUCCCAUCCCGUGGGGCACUCGUACCCGCCUCUCAACGUGCAAUUGGCUUACGCCCCCCAAUACGUGCUGGCCUACACCGCUGGCACGUGUCUCUCCAAAAUCCAGCAGUUCAUUCUUCGUCCCCAUCCAGGAAGAGAUCUCGCGCUGACUUUGCUCGUCGCUAUUCUGUCGGCGGUCGCGCUGUACACCAUUUCUCCGAGCAUCAGCCUGAUGUUGGGUGGCAUGAAUCCGUUCGCGCUGCUCUACGCGAUCUGGAGCGAGCUUUGCUUCUACUUUCUGGGGACAUCGCUCUUUGCGGGGUUCCAUCGCUGGAAGCUGACCUCCAAGAAAUGGGGAUCCACCGCUCGUUAUGCAUACGGCGCAUAUCUCGUGCAUGCGCUGGUCGUGGUGGGCUUGCAGAUCCUGUUGCACAGCUCACCCGCCCCUCCAUUACUGAAGGCGCUGAUUGUCGGGUUGUCUGGUGUCUGUUUGAGUUGGGCUGGGGGUCGGGCUUUACUUGGCAUUCCGGGUGCUAGCAGGAUUCUAUAA